AUGCAUCCCUACGCAUACGAUUUAUCACCUCUAGUUGACAUCAAUUUCCACUACGACGCAUAUCCAUAUCCAUAUCCCGAAGAACUCGACGACAAUGGCAGCAACGAUCUCCUCGACGACGACGCCGUAUCGGAAACAUCUCCGCUUCCGUUGUGUAUGGAUUGGAGUCCUCCGCCUCCUAAUUGGGACGGUCGCAACACUCUUUGGCCGCACGCUUUGUCUUCUUGGACUUUCUCUUCAACAAUUCCUUCAUGGACUCUUGUUCCUCAAUCAUCACCUUCUUCUGAUCCUGUUGUGUUUUUUAGGGUUCAAGUUGGUGUUCGAUCCCCGGAAGCUAUCACCACUACGAGAAUUAUAUUGCGCAGAUUUAGUGAUUUCCUUGACUUGUUUUCUCAACUGAAAAAAGAAUUUCCCAUGAAAUAUCUGCCUUCGCCUCCACCGAAAAAGAUAUUGAGAAUUAAAAGCCAGGCCCUUUUGGAAGAGCGGCGGAGUUUGUUAGAGAAUUGGAUGAAAAAAUUGUUAUCAGAUAUUGCGGUAUCUAGAAGUGCACCAACAGCAAUAUUUCUCGAGUUAGAAGCUGCUGCUAGAGCUUCAUUCCAUGAUAUGGAUCAGCAUAUUUCAGAUGAACAAACUGCUGCUGGUACUGCACUAUCACAUACUAUCCAUAAUAGUUCACAUGAUUUUUUUAAAGCUUCAUCUGUUUCUGGUGACGAUACUACUUCUGAGGUUUCUGAGCUGGGUACACUGGGGCAUGGAAAAGAUAAAUGUUCUGAGCAUACUGUGGACAAUUUAACAUCGGACGGUGACUCAAUUAAUCCAACUGAAACAAGUGUUGAUCAUGCUGCAUCUAACCAAGACUUUAUUUAUGAGGAUAAUAGUAGUAGUACAGACAAGGUUGCUGAGAAUUCUGGUGAUGCUAUAGCUCUUCGUCUAGAUGGAGCUGACUUUACACCAGCUAAUGCUCAUGUUGAGAGACUGUCAACAGAAAGUAUUGGGAGUGACUUAAGUUCUGUAAGGAAUAUAGGAACGUCGAGUUCAGUUGUCUCCACUUUGCUUCAGGGUGUUUCACAUGAACUUCCCGGUAACAAUGUACCCUCCGAAAACUCAGAUUUGUUGGUGACUUUUCCAUUGGAUCAGCGACAGAAGUUGAACAGAAUUCUUAAUACACAGCAGCAGAGAGUGGCCACGGCAAAAACAGAUGUUGAAGAUCUUAUAGCAAGAUUGAAUCAAGAAGUGGCUGCAAGACAAUAUCUUGCGACAAAGGUCAAAGAUUUGGAAGUUGAACUUGAAACAACUCGACUGAACUGCAGAGAAAACAUGCAGCAGGCUGUCUUAACUGAAAAGGAAAGGUUUACACAAAUGCAAUGGGAUAUGGAUGAACUUCGGAGGAAGUGCCUGGAGAAAGAAACGAAAUUGAAGUUUGAAGAGGAUGAAAGGUUGCUAGCAGAAUCAACAAAAGCGUCCAUUAUUCAGGAGAAGCAAAUGUUGCAGCAAGAGCUAGAUAUGGCUAGAGAACAACUUAAGCACUUGCAGAAACGUCAUGAUGAGUUUGAGAUGAAAUCAAAGACAGAUAUGAAGUUGCUAGUAAAGGAAGUGAAAUCCCUCAGAAGUUCUCAGUUAGAACUAAAACAGCAGCUCAGCGAAUUGACGGAGGAAAAAGUAGAUGCGGAGAAAACUCUUCAGAAGGAAAAGGAAAGAAUGCAGCUUUCACAUAAUGUUAAUGCAAAGUUGUUGCAUGAGUGUGCAAUCCUUCAGAGGAGGCUACAGGAGUGCAGUGUAAAUUUUCUUGUUGAAGAGGAAGAUAAACUAAAUGUUGACACUUCAACAUCUGACGCUUUGGAUUUGUUAGCAACAUCAGAUAAUCGGAUUGGUCUCUUGCUUGCAGAGGCACAGCUCUUGGCACAAGAUGUAGAAAAUGUCGUGGAUGCUGUGGAAAGAAAUACAACUACUGAUGAUACCGGGACAACUAAUGAAGAAUUAAGGAAAAUGCUGGCAAAUAUAUUUGUAGACAAUGCCAGUUUAAGGAAACAAGUCAAUUCGGUUAUCCGUUGUGCUUUACUUGCAAAUAUCAAAUCCGAGGAGAAUGAUGAAGAAGAUGAAAUCCAUCUGCAAAAAACUUUAAUAAGCAAGUUCUUAGAGAGAUGA